AUGGGCACGCGGCCCGCGACCGACGACGGCGAGAGGGACGACCAAGCGCGCGUCAUGACCCCGGACAAGGACGCCGCGAGCGCUGCCGCUGCCGCGUCGCUGUCGAGCCACCGCAGCAACAGCAGUCGCGCGCUACACGCGUCGCCGGCCGUCAAGAGCCGGAGCGCCCGCGGCCUCGUCGACGGCCUGCCGCGCAGUGCGACGGACCGGCGCACGACAGUGGGCGUUAUGCAGUGUCACCCCUCGCCCGCCAACCGGGCGCAGUGUGCGUCGGCCGGCGCGGGCCGCGUCGCGAGUGAGCGCGUGGGCGGCCGGCGACGCGCGGGCACGACCGACCCGACCCACUUGCGGUCGUCGCUGCCGCCCACGCUCUCGAGCGCUGUCGUGCUCGACCGCCGCUUGCUGCAGAAGUACGAGCAGGUGAACCACGCGAUCGAGCGCAUUGUGCGCGCGUCGCAGAUGGACAAUGAAGUGGCUGCGGCCUCGGACGCCGUGAGCGCGCACCAGGUCAAACAAGAGCUGCGCCAGGUGAAAAAGAGCUCGGCGCAGAUGAUCCACGCGCAGAAGGAGCUGCUGGACAAGAUGGAGCGGCAAGAACGCGGCGGCUUUCGCCGCGUGUUUACGAUCAACAAAGCAGCCAAGAUGGCCAAGCUCAAGUCGAAGCUGUGCGCCAAGCUGAGCGAGUCGGUGCUCGUGGACGAAGAACUGCAGCGCCUCGAGCGGCAGAGCACGGCCCUGUCGGCGACGACGCUCGGCACGAUCACGCAGAAUGGCAAAGCGGUUGUGAACGUGAGCAACGUGCACGGCACGGGCAGCAACUUGUUUGCGGCGUCGGCCAGCCACUUUGUCAAUACGAACAGCAACAUCUCGAGGGUGAGCGCCACGGGACGCAGUCUCUUGGACGACAUGCGGGAUGUCAGCGGCAGCGAGAGCAGUGGCCCCGUGCCGACUCUGUUGCUGAGUUCUGGAUGGGAAGACGCACAGGAAGAGCUGCUCAUGCUGGAGCGAGAAAAAGAGGACAUCCUGAACAAUCUGUUUCAGGCCGUCGACAUGCCGGCUGUAUUGGACCUACACGCGCGCAUUGCGAGUUUCUCGAGCGAGAUUAAGGCAGUGACAAGUGUCAAGAAACAGGCUGAUCACAUCGAAGCCAUGUACCGCAAAGCGCUGCAUCUACUGCGUGUAGCGCUUGCUGCGGUAGUGUCGCCGAAUUACUCUGGCGGUAUCCGCGAGUUUGCCGUCAGCUCGUACCCAUUGGCUGUCGAAGCGGGCCAGUUGAUUGAACAAGCGUGUAACACGGUGCAGCCAGAAGCUCGUCGCAAGUACGAGUCGUUUGCGUCCGAGCUGACGCACGUGCGACCGCCUAAAUUCCCCCAGCCGGUGUCUGACUUUGCUCGGCGUACACGGACCCAUUACGACCCCCAUAGUGCGCUCUCGAUCGAAGGGAUGCGCAAUCUACACGCGGCGGAGAAUGUGCUGAUUUUGAUGCAGCGGCUCGUGAUCCAGAAGCUCGAGAGCAUUGAAAAGUGGCAGACAAAGCUCAACAAGGACAAGGAGGCAGCUGAACGCGCCCACGCGCAGAUGGAGUCGAGACUGCAGGAGCAGAUGGCGGUGCUUGCGCGUUCUGUCUCGGCGUGA